UCAAUCCCUUGGAUUUCUCAGAAAGCUUAUUUUCCUGAAUCUUAAAGACUGCAAAAGUCUCAAGAGUCUGCCCAGUAGAAUUGAAAUGGAAUCUCUUGAAACAUUAAUUCUUUCUAACUGCUCAAAAGUUAAGAAGAUUCCCAAGUUUGUUGGAAAUAUGGAACGUUUGUCGGUGCUUUAUCUUGAUGAGACUGCCAUUGAGGAACUUCCUAUUUCAAUUGAACGGCUGACUGGCCUUGUGUCAUUGAAUCUAAGCAACUGCAGGAAUCUAUUUUGUCUUCCAAGCACCAUCAAUAAAUUGAAGUCUGUCAAAAAUCUUAAUCUUUCUGGAUGCUUGAAACUCGGCAAACAUCAGCUAAAUGUGGGGGAGAUGGAUUGUUGUGAGGAAACUGAUGUGAAUAGUGGGUCUGCAAUAGAAUUGUCAUCUACCCAUGAUCGCAUAAAAUAUGUAAGACGUUCAAUCUUUCAUGGAUGCAAAGUAGUUUGCCGAUCUUUAAAUAAGUUCUUGCCUUCUGGAUUGGUGCAAAAAGUGAGUUUCCGCUUGCCUAUAUCUGGUCUGUGUAAUCUAACAUAUCUGAACCUGAGUAAUUGCAAUCUUGGUGAAGGAGCAUUUGCCAACGAAUUUGGUUACUUUCCCUCUUUGGUGACCUUGAAUCUAAGUGGGAACAAUUUUGUUCGUCUUGCUUCAGGCAUUGGAUUGCUUUCUAAGCUUGAGAACUUUAACUUGGAGAAUUGCAAGAGACUUCAAGAGUUAUCAGACCUUCCAGCAAAUAGUAUACUAGAUUUAAGGGCAGAUGGUUGUACUUCACUGAAAUACUUGUUUGAUGCAUCAAAUUUGAACAGAUUAAACAAAUCAUAUUUCAAUUUCAUCAAUUGCUUCAAUCUAAAUGGCAAUCAAGGAUGCAAUAACAUAGCAUUCGAAAUGCUGAAGACAUUCAUGUAUCAGGGAAUCUCUAAUAACGGGGAAACUUUUCAAAUUGUAAUUCCUGGAAGUAGUAUUCCUGAGUGGUUCAGCCAUCAGAGUGUUGGGUGUUCUGUAAGUGUUUCUCUACCUGCACAUUGGAAUAACAGUCGGGUUUUGGGAUUUGCUUUGUGUGCUGUUUUUGUACUCCAUGAACACCAUCGGGUGGAUAAGCUUUAUACUGAUGAAUUCAAGACUUUUAAUGCAACACAUCAUCUUGUAUGUUGCCUGAAGCUCGAUGGAAGAGAAUUGGAAGUAUAUGGUAGACAACCUGCAUUUCGCUUUAGUGAAGAAUUUUGCAAGGUUAAGUUCGAUCACCUGUGGCUAUUCUAUGUAUCUCGUGAAAAAUACUUCGGUACAGAGUGGUGGCAUAACAGUUGCAGUCAGUUUGAGUUCUUAUUUGAAACCAGAGGGCCAGGUCUGAAGGUGAAGGAGUGUGGAGUCCGUCUGAUAUAUGAGCAAGAUGUGCAAGAGUUGAACCAAACAACCAGUCAAUCAAGCAGUGGGAUGUCUCCUUAUGAGGAUAUAUUGAUUGAUUUUGACAUUCCAGUUUCAGGGGAAACCAGUGGCAGUGGUAGCAGAACUAAGGACUUUCUGAUCCCACGCUUGAAGAAUUAUAGGACUGGCAGAAAUAUAGGGGAUCCACCACUGGCCACUCUGAAAGACCAUAAUUAAGGACUUUCUGAUCCCAUGGUUGGAAAUGAGUUGCAGAUCAUGAAUGGCCAAUGCCUCCUCUUCUCUCAUUUGAAUUUCUGCAGUAAUCACUUUCUGGAGCUCUCUUGCCUUCAUGUUUUACAGUUAG